AUGGAGGAGUCUGAUUUAUUGGAGAAAGAUCUGAUCGACCGCGAUAAAUUUCGGGGCGGCGAUCGACCGCCAGAAGCUGUUGAUUCUGGAAAAGAUGGCGCGAACGGAAUAGCAACGAAUAACGAAGACAUUGCUAUGGCGGACGCUGACGGCGAAGGCCAUCUCGAGAACGGCGUUGCGGACGCGACCGACGCGGAGCCGGUCGCUGGACCGACGACUGCGGAGGGAGGAAAAGACGACGAAAUGCGAGACGCGGAAGCGGUGAAAGACGACGGCGACGCGAGCGAUUGUCGCGCGAAUGACGUCGAGCGCGGCAACGCGGCCGCCGCGCCUGACGCAGCUGCGGCGUCGCCGGCAGGUGCGGAUGAAAAUGCGGAUGGCGACGCGACGGAUGUUGAUGCUGGUGAGAAUAAGCGAGCUGACGGCGUGGCUGACGGAGUUGACGGCGAGGGGGGAACGGAGGGCGCGGACGAGGAAGAAGGGAAGAGUGGCGAGGCGAAGGAGCAGCGGACUGAGACGCGCGCCGACGGUGGGGUGAAGGAAGAAACAGAGAAGGCGGAAGAGAAAGCGGGAGAAAAAAUGGAGGAAAAAGCGGGGGAGGAAGCGGAAGGGAAAGCGGAGGGGAAAGCGGAGGUGGAAGCGGAGGAGGAAGCGGGGGAGAAAGCAGAGGCGCAAGGGACAGCGGAGGAGAAAGAGGAGGGGAAAGAGGAGGAGAAAGCGGAGGAGAAAGCGGAAGAAAUUAAGGAGGAGAGAACGGAAGAGAAAAUAAAAGAGAAAGCAGAAGCGGAAGCGAAAGUGGAAGGAGAAGCGGAAGGGGGUGCGGCGGAAGGAGUGGAGGCGGAAGGGAUGGAAGCGGCAGGCGGGGAAGUGGCAGCAGAAGGGGCAACGGCGUCCGCGAGUGAAGCGGGUGAGAAGGCCCGCGACGAGGCGGAGAGGGGGAGCGCGGAGGAGGAAGAGGGGAAGGACGAGGGGGAGGGGACGGAGGGGACCGAAGAGAAGGAGGGGGAGGCGGAGAAGGAAGAGGAGGAAGGGGAGGAGGAGGGGGAAAAGGACGGGGAGGGGGAAGGGGAGAAGGAAGAGAAGGGUAAAGAGAGGAAAGCGGGGAAGGACGCGAAGGAGGGGAAGGGCGAAAAGGAAGCGGACGAGGAAAAGGGGCCGAAAGAGGGAAAGAAGGGCAAGGUGGGGAAGGAGGAGGUGCGGCGGAAGCAACGGGAAGACAGGCCCGGGCAGGGCGCGGACGGCAGCGACCAGCGCAAGGCAGCAAAGGGCGCGUCCCCCCAUCUCCGCCCCCACGGCACGCCCGCCAAGGCCUCCGCCAAAGCCCCCCCUUCUCCCGCCACCCCCGCGGCUGGCAGGGCCCGCGCGGGGGAGGAGGAGAGCGGGGGGAGCGAGGACGAGGGGGAGUGGGCGCCAGUGGUGCACGAGCUGGUGUGGGCCAAGGUGCGCUCGCACCCCUGGUGGCCUGCGCGCGUGCUCUCCCCCUCCGAGGCCACCCCCCGGGCGCGCGCGCAGCACCGCACAGGACACCUGCUCAUCGGCUUCUACGGCGACCAGACCUUCAACUGGUUGCGCCCCAUGGAUCUGCUACCAUUUGCGGAACACUAUUGGGACAAGUCACAGCAGACGCCCAUGAAGCUCUUCUGCCAGGCCGUGGCGGAGGCACUGGUGGAGCUGGACGACCAGGUCGCCAAGGGGCUGCUGCACGGCGCCCCGCCCGCCACGCUCGCAGCACAGCACCGCCGCGUCAACCCCACCGUCAUGCUAUCCUACCUGCGAGCCACGGCCCGCAAUCCCAUCGGCGGGCACCGUGACGCACUGCUGGCAGCAGUGCUGCGGCAGCGGUUCAUGGAAGGGGGGGGAGAGAAGGCGAAGGUGGGGCGGGGGGAGCAGGGCGCGCGCAGGCCGGACCUGGGGGAGAUGUUUCUGGUGGAGGGGCGCCUGGUGGUGCCCGAUGGGGAGGGGGGCGCGGGCGCUGGGGAGGGGGGCGCGGGCGCUGGGGCGGAGGGGAAGAAGAAGGGCGGAGAGAAAGGGGGGAAGCGGAGGGCGCAUGUGGAGGAGGAAGAGGAGGAGGAGGAGGAGAAGGAGGAGGAGCACGAGGAGGAGAAGGAGGAGGAAGAGGAGGAGGAAGAAGAGGUGGUGGUGGUGAAAGAGAAGAAGAAGCGAGGGCGGAAGUGGGAGGAGGAUGAGGAAGUUGAAAUGGGUGAGGAGGAAGAGGAGGAGGACGAGGAAGAUGGGAGGAGGAAGAAGGGGCGCAAGGGCAGGCAGAAGGGCGGAAAGAGGCGUGGGAGGAAGAGAAAGCACGAGGAGGACGAGGAGGAAGAGGAGCAAGAGGAGGAGGAGAAGGAGGAGCAAGAGGAGGAGGCGGGGGAGGAGGAGGCGGGGGAGGAGGAGGGUCUGAAGCGGAGGAAGAAGAAGAUGAGAAGGCGCAAGUCGGAGGGGGGGGCUGGCGAGGAGAGGGAGGGGGAGGAGGGGAAGCGGCGGAGGAGGAAGAAGCGCGUGGUAGACGAGGAGGAGGGCGCGGAGGGGGCUGCAGGGGAGGAGGGAGCAGCGGACGAGGGAGCAGGGUGGGAGGAGGAGGAGAGGGCUGGAGCAGGAGUAUCGGCAGGGAAGAAAUUGGGGGAGGGAGAGGCGAAGGAGGGGGCGGAGGGGGCGGAGGAGCAGGGUGGGGAGGGCAAGUCGCCUGUGCAGUCGCCGCUGCGCUCGCCUGUGCAGUCGCCUAGGGCGGGUGGAACGGGGGGGCGGGGCAAGGGGCGGCCGAGCAACGCGCACAAGUGGGCGGUGGAGAUGCAGCGGCUGGGCAUCAAGGCUGCCGCUGAGAGCGCCCGCGACGACCUGCUGCGCCUCGCCAGGAGCCCGCUGGAGCUGGCGGAUUUGAGCGAGUCACUGAAGCCCGUGGCAGCAUGGCGCCAGCACACCUUCUGGUUCGCCCGCUCGCACAAACCAGCACCGGCUGCAGCUGCUGCUGCUGCCAGCAAGGGUACGUGUUUCCUUUCUCCUCUACCCCCUUCCUCUUUCGUUGGUCGCUCGCUCCCUCCACCCACCACCCCGUCGCUCAUUACUGUGCGCUCCUCUCCUUACCUUGCCGUCGAUGCUGUCCUCCUCUUCUGCACGCCCUCUGUCCGCCCGCCAGGCGAGGCAAAGAAGGCCCCAGCAGGCAAGGCAGGCCCAGAGGCGACGGGUGAAAAGAUAGCAGCGGUGGAAGAGGCGCAGAGAGAGGUGGGCGCGGAGGGAGGCGCGAGGGUGGAGGCAGAAGGGAAGGCUGCGGAGGAGAAGACGCCUGGCGAGGGUGCUGUGGGUGGCGCUGGGGGCGAGGAGGAGGAGAAGGGGAAGGAGGAGGAAAAGGCGAAGGAAGAGGUGGGUGGUGGUGAAGGUGCUGGUGAAGGUGCUGGUGACGAUGCUGGUGAUGGUGCUGGUCCGAUGGAGGUGGAGGGAGGCAAAGAGAAGGAGAAGGAAGCGGGUGAGGAGGAGGAAAAGGGAGGAAAGGAAGGGGUAAGUGGGGAGAAGGAGCGUGAGGGUGAAGGGGCGAAGGAGGAGAUGAGUGAGGGGGAGAAGAAGCAAGGCGAGCAGGUGAAGGAGAAGGGAGUGGAGGAGAAGGAGGAAGAGGGACUGGGAGUGAUAACGGGCGAGGUGGAGGAGGAGGACAGGUGGGAGGAGGAGGCGGAGGAGGAAGAGCCGGUGCCGCGACCGCCACCCCCAGCGGCACCACCACGCAAGGCAGCAGCAGGGGCCGCAGGGGCAGCAGCAGGAGGGGAGGAGGGGGCGGGGGCGGCGGUGCGGCCGAGGGGGCGCACCAAGGCGGAGGUGAAGGCAAGGCGGCAGCAGCGGCUGGUGGACACCCGCCCUGGCAGUGAGAGCGAGGGGGGCGAGGGCGAGGAGGAGGAGGACGGGCGCAGCGAUGACGAGAGGCCUGUGGCAGCAAGGGGCCGGGGGCGUGGGCGCGGGCGGGGGUCGAGAGGAGGGAGGGGCGGGCGCGGCAGGGGAGAGGCAGGAGGGGAGGCAGGGGGAAGAGAGGGGGUGAGUUUAACUGGGAGGGGGAGGGGGAGAGGGAGGGGGAGAGGCAGGGGCAGAGGCAGGGGGCUAGGAGGCGAGGGAGGAGGGAUGGAGGGCGGAGGGGUGGAAGGGGGGGAGUGGGAGGGGAGGCAGCGCGAGGGAGGGGAGGCAGGGCAGGAGAGGGCACUGCGGCAGCGCAAGGCGGGGGUGCCCGCGCGUGUGGAGGGGGACGCUCUGAGCCCAGAGGGCCGGCGGCGGUCGCUGCAGCAGCUGGCCGCUGCUAAGAGAGAGGCGCGGGGCGGGGCAGGCGCUGAUGAAUCGCCCCCCCAUGCGCUAGCGCUGACAACACAAGAUGCCACGUCAGUCCCACCUGGAUGGCAGCAGGUGCGUGUUGUGCUCUUUCUGUGGCGCGCUGAAUUGCUCAUGCCGGCGCCCUCCGUGGCGCAGCUGCGCGCCACCUUCGCUCGCUUCGGCGCUCUGCUGGGUGCCAAGCUCAUCAAAUACCAGGGCGUUGCUGAGGUGAGGGGGAAGGGGUGUCGCUGCGGUGAGGGGGAAGGGGUGUCGCUGCGCCACAGCAUGUUUGAGGUGCCUCAAAAGUCAUCUCCCCAACCGUCCCCCCCCCUUCCACUCGCCAAGCGCCAGGUGGUAUUCGAGGACCCGUCGUCAGCCACAGCAGCCAUGCCCCCCUCCCCUCUCCCCUGCCCGUCCCCCAUCCCCUCCCCCUCCCCCUCCCCCUCCCCCUCCCCCUCCCCUCCCCUCCCCCUCCCCUCCCCUCCCCUCCCCUCCCCUCCCCCCACCAUGCGGCAGGUGGUAUUCGAGGACCCGUCGUCAGCGACAGCAGCGAUGCACGAGGCCAUGCACGGCUCCUCGCUCUUUGGCUCAUGGGACGUGCAGUUCCGCCUCCGCCCCUACACCGCCUCCGUCAGUGCCCCCCCCCUCCCCCCCUUCCCCUUGCUUGCUCUCGCUCUUCCUUUCCUCCGCUCUCCUCGCCUCUCUGCUCCACGCUUCCAUUGUUUCCUCUCAAAGGUCAUUGACUCUGCAGUCCCCAUCAGGCCCACAUAUCCCUCCGCCCACACCCCCCCACCCUCCGCCCACGGCCCCCCUCCCUCCGCCCGCACCCCCCCUGCGCGCCUUCCCCCCGCGGCCUCCCCUGCCCCCACUCCCCCGCGUGCCCUCGCCCCUCCUCCGGCUGGUGCUGCCCUCGUGCCCGCCGCCGCUGCUGGCCGCCUCACGCCCUCCCAGCGCCACAGCCUGGCGAAUCCAGCGCAGGCAGCGCAGAGGCCGGGCAGUGCAGCCUGGAUGGGCACGCCCACCACGCUGGGUCCGUCCACGCGCUCGCUGCUGCCACGCUCCGCCCUCGUGCUCUCCAAGGACCCGCGCCGCCAGCAACACGCCCCCGCCGCUGCCGCCACUUCUCCUGGCGCUGCUGGUGGCGGGGGGGGUAUGGGCGGGGGGGGUAUGGGCGGAGGGGGUAUGGGCGGAGGGGGUAUGGGCGGAGGGGGUAUGGGCGGAGGGGGUAUGGGCGGACAGCAAGGCAGGGAGGGGUUGCCUCCUGGGUUUGCAGCAGGGGCUGGGGGAGCGGGGGAUGCAGGAGGGGAUGGGGGAGCAGGAGGCGGCGAUUGGUGGGAUGCACAGGACGCCCUCCCCACGCCCCCUGUGGAGCCCACUCACCCUUCACAGCCAUCCGCACCCCCUCCCACACACCCGCCCGCCGCUCCACCUUCCCUCCCUUCUACCCCUGCCCCUCUGCCCACAUUCUCCCCUGCCCCUGCUGCUGCCACUGACGGCGCUGCUGGUGCCAUGGUUGCUGGUGGAGGGGCCGUGGAAGGGAGUGGGCAGUCAGGGGGAGCAGGGGUGGUGCCGGACAUAAAGCAGAGCAUGUUCAGCCUGCUGAGCAAGGUGCAGGCCAUCGUGUCCCAGCCCGAGGGGGAGGGGCGUGCGGCACAGGGGGCAGACGCCAAUGCGUGA